AUGGCUAUCCACAAGAAGAAAUGAUUUACAGAUGGAGAAAAAACUCAGUAGAAGCUGCAGAUCAGCAAUCUUGGAGACUCUAUCAGUUUGACUUCAUGGGACUCAGAAAUACUUCUGAUAUUGUGCAAACAUCAGCAGGUGAUUAUAUAGUCAUGACUAUAUACUUCGAUUUAAGUAGAAGAAUGGGAUACUUCACUAUUCAAACAUACAUUCCCUGUAUAUUAACUGUUGUCCUAUCCUGGGUAUCAUUUUGGAUUAAAAAAGAUGCCACACCAGCAAGAACAGCCCUAGGUAUCACCACAGUAUUAACCAUGACAACUCUGAGCACCAUUGCAAGAAAUUCCUUGCCCCGUGUUUCCUAUGUCACUGCGAUGGACCUCUUUGUGACCGUAUGCUUCCUGUUUGUCUUUGCCGCUUUGAUGGAGUACGCAACCCUCAACUACUACUCAAGUUGCAGGAAGCCACACUGUACAAAAAAGAAAAAGUCGCUGCCUGAUGUCAGUUUUGGUCACAUGAUGAAUUAUUCUGUGUUAGAGAUGAGACCUCCCCCUACAGUCAUCGCACUGAACAAUGCCAUGUACUGGCAAGAAUUUGAAGACAAUUGUAUCUAUGAGUGUCUGGAUGGGAAAGACUGUCAGAGUUUUUUCUGCUGCUAUGAAGAAUGCAAAUCAGGCUCCUGGAGGAAAGGACGGAUACACAUAGACAUCUUAGAACUCGACUCUUAUUCCAGAGUCUUUUUCCCCACAUCAUUCCUGCUCUUUAACCUGGUGUACUGGGUUGGAUACCUCUAUCUCUAG